GGAAAUAUUUGUGUGUAACUUUUCCUUCUUACAUUACACAUCACAAAAUGGCAUUGUUAUCCAUUCUAUACACUAUCAUUUUCUCUUUUCUUCUAUAUUACAUUCUUAACUUAUUUUUUGGUAAACGUUAUCCACUGCCACUACCCCCUGGUCCAAAACCAUGGCCAAUAAUAGGAAACAUGGUCCAGUUAGGUCCGAAGCCACACCAAUCGACUGCAGCCAUGGCCCAAACUUACGGGCCACUCAUGCAUCUUCGCAUGGGGUUCGUGGAUGUGGUGGUUGCGGCUUCGGCUUCAGUGGCGGCUCAGUUCUUAAAAACUCAUGAUGCAAACUUCUCGAGCCGCCCCCCGAACUCGGGCGCUAAGCACUUGGCUUAUAAUUAUCAUGACCUUGUUUUUGCACCUUAUGGACCCCGGUGGCGUAUGCUUAGGAAAAUUUGCGCUGUGCAUCUUUUUUCUGCCAAAGCUUUAGAUGACUUCCGCCAUGUCCGCCAGGAAGAAGUCCGAACACUUACACGAGCCUUAGCAACUGCUAGCCAAAAGACAGUCAAAUUAGGGCAGCUCUUGAACGUGUGCACCACGAAUGCACUUGCGCGUGUGAUGCUGGGAAAACAAGUAUUCGCCGACGGCACCGGCGGUAUUGAUCCACAGGCGGAGGAGUUCAAGUCAAUGGUGGUGGAGAUGAUGGUACUCGCCGGCGUUUUCAACAUCGGCGAUUUUAUUCCGGCACUUGAUUGGAUGGACAUUCAAGGUGUUGCUGGAAAAAUGAAGAAGCUCCACGCGCGAUUCGAUGCGUUUUUGACCUGGAUUCUCGAAGAGCAUAAGUUAAAGCCAAUAAACGAAAUGAAGGAAGGUGGAGACUUGUUGAGUACGUUGAUUUCUUUGAAAAAUGAAGAUGAUGAAAAUGGAGGAAAGCUCACCGAUACAGAAAUUAAAGCUUUACUUUUGAACUUGUUUGUAGCUGGCACAGAUACUUCAUCUAGCACUGUGGAAUGGGCCAUUGCAGAGCUUAUUCGCAAUCCAAGAAUAAUGGCCCAAGCCCAACAGGAGAUCGACAAAGAGGUUGGAAGGAACCGGCUCGUCACGGAAUCUGACCUGACCCAAUUGCCUUAUUUGGAAGCAAUAGUCAAGGAAACCUUUAGGCUUCAUCCAUCAACUCCUCUCUCUCUACCUAGAAUUGCAUCCGAGAGCUGUGAGAUCAAUGGCUAUUUCAUUCCAAAAGGCUCGACACUUCUUGUCAACGUUUGGGCCAUUGCUCGUGAUCCAAAUGAAUGGUCUGACCCGUUGGAGUUUAGGCCUGAGAGAUUCUUGCCGGGAGGCGAGAAGCCCAAAGUUGAUGUGAAAGGAAAUGACUUUGAAGUAAUUCCAUUUGGCGCUGGACGAAGAAUAUGUGCUGGAAUAAGUUUGGGUAUACGCAUGGUCCAGUUGAUGACUGCAACUUUGGUCCAUUCGUUUAACUGGGCUUUGCCGAGUGGACAAUUGCCAGAGAAGCUAAACAUGGAGGAAGCAUAUGGGCUGACAUUACAACGGGCUGAUCCAUUGGUGGUGAACCCAAGCCCGAGGUUAGAAGCCCAAGUAUAUGUAGGGUGAACAGCCCAAUUAGCAGAUGACAUGUUGGCUGAAUGUAAAAUUAGUUUGUAUUGAAAGAUCAAUGGUUGUCAGUAAGAAUAUGGUGUUGUGUCUUUUUUCUUGCUAUGGUCAAUAAUGAAUUUUGCGACCUGAAAUCCUUUCUUGCAUUGUAAUAUGGUGAAUUUAGUACUUGUCACUGUACUUACAAUAACAACAAUAUGUGUAAUCGCACAAAUGAAAUCAUUGUAUUUGCUCAUACAAAUUGAGUAUUGUCUUUGGUAGUGGUAUGUAAAAAGGUUUCAUUAAAGUCAA